CUGUGACUGUAUCGUCUCCAGCCACAGCCGGCGGCGGAUGUGCCAAGCAGCAGCCGCUGCACCGGAGCGCCGCUGCUGAGCCUGGCAGAGCCGCGGAGGAGGGGGGAGGACACCCCACAGACUGAUCCAGAGACUUUGCCUCUCUAGCACAGGCGGUGGAUGUGGAGCCAGCCGCUCCCCUCGCAGCCGCCGCCGCCGCCACCAGGCAGUUGUCCCACGGCAGCACCACAACACAAAGCGAAGGAUGCUGCAGCUGGGCAAGGUCAGGACCUUGCAUUGAAGCCCGGGGGCGCCGCACACACCUUCCCCCCUUCCCCACCGGAUUGAGGAUUUGCCUUUUAUUUGCUGUGUAUGCCUGGGAAAAAGCAGGCAGGGUCGACGCCGUUCGGAGCUAUGCCUGUGCCAGACCAGCCGUCAUCUUCUGACAAGACAAGUUCCCUUAGCCCUGUGCUGAAUACAUCCAAUGGGGACGGUUCUGAAACAGAGACAACCUCUGCUAUUCUAGCUUCAGUUAAGGAACAGGAGCUGCAGUUUGAGAGACUGACUCGAGAACUUGAGGCUGAACGCCAGAUUGUAGCCAGCCAACUGGAGAGAUGUAAGCUUGGAUCAGAGACUGGAAGCAUGAGCAGCAUUAGUUCAACAGAAGAGCAGUUUCAUUGGCAAACGCAAGAUGGUCAGAAGGAUAUAGAGGAUGAGCUCACAACUGGUCUUGAGCUGGUGGACUCCUGUAUUAGAUCACUGCAGGAGUCAGGAAUACUUGAUCCACAGGAUUACUCAACUAGUGAAAGGCCCAGCCUUCUAUCCCAGAGUGCACUUCAGCUCAAUUCCAAACCUGAAGGGUCUUUCCAGUAUUCAGCGAGCUACCAUAGCAACCAGACCCUUGCCCUGGGUGAAACAGCAACAUCACAGCUCCCAGCCCGCAGCAGUCAAGCCAGAGCUGCCAUUCAGAGCUACAGCCAGGGCACAACUAGUCGAGCAGCCCAUUUAGCUGGCUCCGAACCUUCUCAGUCAAGAGAGUCCUUUGUGCCAAGCCAUGGGAGCGCGUUCCAUUUGCCUGAUUCCCAGCAUUCUUCAACACUUUAUUACUCCAGCUCCACUCUGCCAGCCCAGCGAGUGAGCUCCCCGCUGUCCAUGCAGCAGGUGGGCUCUCCAACCAAGCUCCAGCGGGUGGGUUCAGCAUCGGAGAGCGCUGGAUACAGCACCACGCAGCGGGUCUCUUCUCCCAAGCAGUCUCCAAGCCGGCUAGCCAAGUCUUACAGCACCAGCUCACCAAUCAAUAUUGUUGUGUCUUCAGCAGGACUUUCUCCUUCCCCAAUUCGUGUGACGUCUCCACCCACCAUCCAGUCUAAUAUUUCCUCCUCUCCUAUACAUCAGCUAAGCUCCACCAUUGGCACUUAUGCUACUCUGUCUCCUACCAAACGUCUGGUCCACACAUCAGAUCAGUACAGCAAGCAUUCCCAGGAACUGUAUGCCACUGCUACCCUGCAGAGACCUGGCACCCUAGCAGCUGGGUCUCGGGCAUCUUACAGCAGCCAGCACAGCCACCUUGGCUCCGAAUUAAGGGCGCUGCAGUCUCCAGAGCACCAUAUAGAUCCCAUUUACGAAGAUAGAGUGUAUCAGAAGCCCCCUAUGAGGAGUCUCAGCCAGAGUCAGGGGGACCCUCUGCAACCAGCACAUACAGGCACUUAUCGCACUAGCACGGCCCCAUCUUCCCCUGGUGUCGACUCCGUACCCUUACAGCGCACAGGCAGUCAGCACGGCACACAGAACGCAACAUCGACCUUCCAGAGGGCCAGCUAUGCUGCAGGCCCAGCCUCCAAUUACGCAGACCCCUACCGACAGCUGCAGUAUUGUCCUUCUGUUGAAUCACCAUACAGCAAAUCUGGGCCAGCCAUCCCACCAGAAGGGACCUUGGCUAGGUCACCUUCCAUUGAUAGCAUUCAGAAAGAUCCCAGAGAGUUUGGAUGGAGAGAUCCAGAACUUCCUGAAGUUAUACAGAUGCUGCAGCAUCAGUUCCCUUCAGUACAGUCCAAUGCUGCAGCCUACUUGCAGCAUCUCUGUUUUGGAGACAAUAAAAUAAAAGCAGAGAUAAGAAGACAAGGAGGAAUACAGUUACUGGUGGACCUGUUGGAUCAUCGAAUGACAGAAGUCCACCGUAGUGCCUGUGGAGCUUUGAGAAACUUGGUGUAUGGGAAAGCAAAUGAUGACAACAAAAUUGCUCUGAAAAACUGUGGUGGUAUCCCAGCAUUAGUACGGUUGCUCCGCAAGACUACAGAUUUGGAAAUCAGAGAACUGGUCACAGGAGUUCUCUGGAAUCUAUCCUCGUGUGAUGCACUGAAAAUGCCAAUCAUCCAGGAUGCCCUUGCAGUGUUGACUAAUGCAGUGAUCAUCCCUCACUCGGGAUGGGACAACUCGCCCCUCCAGGAUGAUCACAAAAUACAGCUCCAUUCAUCACAGGUGCUGCGCAAUGCCACUGGGUGCCUAAGGACUCUUGGAGGGAGGGAAAUUGAGAAGAUUUCUAGAAGCCAAGAGAACUCAAGACUUCUUGGGAAUGUCAGCUCUGCUGGAGAGGAGGCCCGCAGAAGAAUGAGGGAGUGUGAUGGACUUACUGAUGCAUUGCUGUAUGUGAUUCAGUCUGCUCUUGGGAGCAGUGAAAUUGAUAGCAAGACCGUUGAAAACUGUGUAUGCAUUUUGAGGAACCUCUCAUACAGACUCGCUGCAGAAACAUCUCAGGGACAGCAGAUGGGAACAGACGAACUCGAUGGGUUACUGUGUGGUGAUGCUAAUGGCAAAGAUGCAGAGAGUUCAGGUUGUUGGGGCAAGAAGAAGAAGAAAAAGAAAUCCCAAGAUCAGUGGGAUGGAGUAGGACCUCUCCCAGACUGUGCAGAACCACCAAAAGGAAUCCAGAUGCUGUGGCACCCUUCAAUAGUCAAACCCUACCUCACGCUUCUCUCUGAGUGCUCAAAUCCAGACACACUGGAAGGAGCAGCAGGUGCACUGCAGAACUUGGCUGCAGGAAGCUGGAAGUGGUCAGUGUAUAUCCGUGCUGCCGUCCGCAAAGAAAAAGGCUUGCCGAUCCUGGUGGAGCUACUUCGAAUAGACAAUGACCGGGUGGUAUGUGCAGUUGCUACAGCUUUACGAAACAUGGCCUUAGAUGUCAGAAAUAAGGAGCUAAUAGGCAAGUAUGCCAUGCGGGAUCUGGUCCACCGACUUCCAGGAGGUAACAACAGCAACAGCUCAGCAAGCAAGGCCAUGUCGGAUGACACCGUUACUGCCAUUUGCUGCACUCUGCAUGAAGUUAUCACUAAAAACAUGGAGAAUGCCAAGGCCUUACGGGAUGCAGGAGGCAUUGAGAAGCUGGUUGGCAUUUCCAAGAGUAAAGGAGACAAGCACUCACCAAAAGUGGUGAAAGCAGCAUCUCAGGUCCUAAAUAGCAUGUGGCAGUACAGAGACCUGAGAAGUCUCUACAAGAAGGAUGGAUGGUCACAGUAUCACUUUGUAGCCUCAUCUUCAACAAUAGAGCGGGAUCGGCAAAGACCAUACUCUUCAUCACGCACGCCCUCCAUCUCACCAGUGCGCAUGUCUCCUAAUAAUCGCUCAGCAAGUGCCCCAGCCUCACCUCGGGAAAUGAUCAGCCUAAAAGAAAGGAAAACAGACUACGAAUCAACUGGAACAAAUGCCGCUUACCAUGGUAAUAAAGGAGAACACACUUCGAGGAAAGACACCAUGACAGCUCAAAAUGCUGGAAUCUCAACUUUGUACAGGAAUUCUUAUGGUGCACCUGCUGAAGAUAUCAAACACAACCAGGUUUCAACACAGCCAGUUCCACAGGAGCCCAGUAGAAAAGAUUAUGAACCAUACCAGCCGUUUCAGAAUUCGACAAGAAACUAUGAUGAGUCCUUCUUUGAGGAUCAAGUGCAUCAUCGCCCACCUGCAAGCGAAUACAACAUGCAUCUGGGACUAAAAUCAACUGGCAACUAUGUCGACUUCUAUUCAGCUGCUCGUCCCUAUAGUGAACUUAACUAUGAAACAAGCCACUAUCCAGCUUCUCCAGAUUCCUGGGUUUGAGGCUUGGGCAAGACAGAAAAGCUCCAGGAACUGUGCAUGUGCAUGCAUACCACGAGACAUUAUUUUCCUGCAAAUUUAGUUUGUUAAAGCCUGUUCCAUAGGAAGGCCCUGAUAAUCAGUAUGGAAAAUUUAAGAUAUUUUAGAAGGCUAAAAGAAAUGAAAGUUAAACAUGGAAGUCAUUAGAAAGAGAUAUAUAUAUAUAUAUUACAGUGUGGGACAACUUUACUGUUGGCCUAUAGAGUCUAAAACAAUGGUGCUGUACACUGAAUGUGGCCGAAGGAAGGAGGGUGAAUAUGACAGUGGAUGUGGGUCAAGAGUUAAGCACAAGACACUAAGCAGUUUACAUACUUUAUGGGGAACAGCUUCUCACACUUUGUUUAAUAUCCUUAUUCAUUGUGAAUUUAGGCUUCAAGUUGCAUUUGGGGUUUCCUCUGUACAGCAAGAUGUUUCUUGCCUUUUGUUAAUGCAUUGUUGUAAAGUAUUUGAUGUACAUUACAGAUAAAAAAAAACCCAAGUGCAUUGUGUAUAUUACACCAAUGCCACAGUGUUUCUUCAUCUAUGGUUCUAAAUAUUGCUUCAAUUUCAAAAUUUUGAAAGAUGUAUGAAUUUCCAGUUUUUUUUGUUUUCUUUUCCCCAGUGCGUUUUAACAACAACAACAAAAAGGAAUAUUUAGCAGUAUUGUUCGUUCUGAUAUGUGAAUUUGUUUGUGGCAACUAAAAAAAAAAAGGCAUUCAGCAGUUUCUGACAAUUAACAUUCAUCAUUCCACACUCCUUGUCAACAAAGUGCUUUUUCACUGCCUAAAAUUUUAGAUGUAGAUAUUUGAAAUAGAUUUUUCAUUUAUACCAGUUUUCUUUAUGAUGAUACAGUGUUAAAAGAAAAUAAAUUACAAUUGAUCUGUCAUCCAUAUUUGCUAAGAAUGUCUAUUUCCAAGCACCUAUCAUAAAAAUACACAUUCUUGCUUGUGAGUGUCCAUGUAUGCAUAAUAUUCUCUUUGUGUGUGUGUGUGUGUGUGUGUGAGAAAGAGAGAGAGAGCAAAAUAAGAGUUAUUUUCAUCUGCUGUUCUCUUUGUUCAAGCUUAAAUUUUUUUACAGUGGAAACUCCAGUAUGUAUUUUUCCUCACCCACUAUUGUUAGUGAGUCAAAAUAUUAGGACAGUUCCAAGUGGAAUUAUAAGGUUUUAACCCAUUCCUUCAUUCUUAGAUGCUAUUCCCUUCAAGAUCCCAUCCCUCAACAUUCUUACCAUGAAGACAAAGCUCAGCCUAGUCUGUAUUGCCACCCCAGGACUAGCAAGUGCUACAGGCAGAAGCAGUGUAAUCUCUUCAUGUUCCUGAGGGAGAGAGAACAUCAAACCACAACAGGCUGACACAAUCGGUUCUUAAAUCUGGACAAGGACCCAGCACUGAGAUACUGGCACAGUUGUUUUUCUUUUAAUCAUAUCAAAAAUAUUCCUUAGAUAUAAAAACCAUUGACCAUUUCUGUACAUUUAAAAAAAAAUGAAACCGAUAAGACCUAGAAUGAGCUUUUUUAUUUAUUUUUUUUCCCAAAAUGUGGAGCAGUGAACGGAGAUACUUUUAUCUUCAUCCAUCUACAGCUUGGAAGUAAAAAAUUUGAAUCCACAAUAUAUAGUAUUCAUAUCAUUCAGCUAAGUGCAAUGCACAGUCUUGACACAACUAGAUCCAAUACAAAUGAAAUAUUUGUAAAUUAGUGAAGCUUCAGCAUAUAGUUUGUUUUAGGGAUACAAACAUUUAUGUGAUUACUCAUUGUAAUAGUCCCAGCAUUGCCUGAAUUAUACCCCAGAGGCUGGAAAAACUUUCUCAAAUCCUUAUCUGUAUUACAGAGCAAAAACAGUACAGGUCACUGGGGCAAGUGUUGUGAUGUAGACAUGGUUUAUCAGUAAUCUAGCACUGUAGUUGAAUCUUUCUGGAAAACCUUCCCAGUGUAUGAUAAGUAACCUUAGCUCUUCUUUGUAGUAAACAGGAAAAAUUGCAUGAAAAAAAAAGGAGGGAGUGGCACCAUAUGCCAAAUGUAUAUUGAGGUAGAUACAAAUAUUAUUCAUAAUUUUGGACACAGGCUGUUUAUAUUUUCUUUAUUAAGUUGAUGUUAAAAAGAUAAGUGACAUUUGCAGCACUCUUUUGAACAAAGCACAUUUUCAGUAUAAAGAAAAUUAAAAAAAAAAAAAAAGCAACAUCACUCGUGACUUGACGUUCACCCUGAUUGACUAUGCCCAUCAGACUCAUGCAUUUCUCCUGUUACAGGCGUGCACAUAGGCCUAAGGGACUUUGGAUUCUAUAUAAUGCAGAAAGUUGUAAGUUUUGUUUAUGUAAAUUCUCUGAGCAGGUAAAAUGCCCAUGUUGUCUCCUCUAGGUUCUCUUAACCAUGAGGCGAAACGAAAUGCUGACCAUUUGUCAAGUGAAAGAUAUUGGAUUAAAGGCACAAAAUGGCAUGAAACUCUUUCUGUCUAUGUUCCUCCCCUCACCCCUUUUAUUCCAUUCUUCUCCAGAGGCAAGUACUCAGAAUAGUGACUUUCUUUCUUGCUGUAUUGAGUCUUGGGAAGGUGCUGAAUUUCCUGGCUUCUUUCCAGCCCUGGCAAUGCAGUGCCAUCUCCCAUGCCAGGCAGGAUAUGUAAGAUUUUCUCUUUUUAAUAUUGAGGGAAAUAUGACCACCUAUUGCUGCUCCCUUCAGCCUUGUAACAUACCACAAAAUACAGAGAGCGAGAAAUGUUCCAAAAAUGUAUAAACUGCAUUUGAUGUACUGUACAAUGUUGGACUUUUUUAAACAAGCUUCUUAUUAGAAUCUUGAUUAGCUGUGUAGAUCUAUAUAAAUCUCAAUGUUUUAUUAAAAUGUUGUUUAUGGUCUGGAAGGAAUGGUUAACCUAUCUCAAUACUAACAAAAUUGCACUACCAUGAGCAAUACUGAUUGGUGGUGGGGGGGAGAAAUUGAAUAUGGAUCCAAUAUUUAAAGGAUGAACUAUGAUUUAAAAUACUAUAUUAACACAGAAAUAC